UGAGAGAGAAGGUCCUGGAUGCUGUCAGAUAUGUAGGUCUGGAUUAAAAAGAAACAGUUGGUCUGUGGAACGCAGUAAUGCAAAGGAUAUGGAAUUACUAGAAGAUUUUUACGGAAAGACCAAACAUGGAUUUACGCAUGAUAUUUUGGACUGUACAGUGUGCAUCGGUCACCAUUACAAAAAAGGUUCUCAAACAAGCCAGAAUGAUGCAGAGUCCCCACAAGUGACCGGGACUAGGACACUGGCUCUUCAGCAAAGAAUGAAUUAGUUUGAGAGAAGGGGGGAGUACCCAGCCUGCCUUGAACAACACAAAGUGGACCUGUUCUAAAAGACUACUGCCAUUGCUUGACAUGGACAUGUAACAAAGGAUAAGUGACUACCCGCCAGUGGAAGUUGAACACUAGAGGACUACCCCAUGCUGGACCCGCUACUGAAAGCUCGAAGGACUCAGGAGGAUGUCAACAGAGGCAGAAGUUACACCAGGUGGCAAAACCAGCGUGAGAAAGGAGUCGCGGAGGAGAGGCCAGGAUCGCAGUGAGGCAGGCCUGAUCAAGCGCUUCAGGGGGGAUGGUGUCCGUUACAAGGCCAAGCUGAUUGGGAUUGAUGAGGUGACAGCAGCGCGUGGCGACAAGCUGUGCCAGGACUCCAUGAUGAAACUCAAGGGGAUUGCGGCUUCAGCUCGAUCAAAAGGCGAACACAAGCAGCGAGUGUUUCUUACCGUCUCCUUCGGCGGGAUUAAGAUCUACGACGAGAGAACAGGAGUCAUGCAGCACCACCAUGCUGUCCACGAGAUCUCCUACAUCGCGAAGGACACGCGAGACCACCGUGCCUUUGGCUAUGUCUGUGGCAAAGAGGGCAACCACAAGUUUGUGGCCAUCAAGACUGGUCACUCAGCCGAGCCUCUCAUCCUUGACCUGCGUGACCUUUUCACACUUGUCUACGACAUAAAGCAACGAGAGGAGGUGGAGAAGAAGGCUCAGAGAGAUAAACACUGUGAGCAGGCCGUCUACCAGACUAUUCUUGAGGAUGAUGUUGAAGAUCCCGUUUACCAGUACAUUGUGUUUGAAGCUGGACACGAGCCUCUCCAUGGCCCACAAUCAGAGGAAAGCGUUUACCAGGUCCCAUCCAGUCAGCAGAAAGAAGGAAUCUAUGAUGUUCCAAAACGUCAUCUAAUGACUAACAUCAACCAGUUUGACCUUUUUGGUGACAUGGCCACUCCACCAGACAUCUUGUCGAUGCCCGCCUCCCCGGCCAACACGCUGGACCCCAACCGCAGCCGACGGCAGCGCCAGCUCCCCUCCGAGCUCUUCACCCACUUCAGUCCUCCAGCUGUGCCCUCAGGCUACAUGACCAUGGGUGCUGUCCAGGCUGCACAGUGGGCCCAGCAGUCGUUUGCUGCCCAGGGCCCCCUGGCAUUCGGGGUGCAGGGUCCCCUCCAAAUGGCCCAAGUUCUGCCUGGGGGUCAGCCGGUGAUCUGGGGCCAGGCCAACCUCUUCCACUCGCCGGCCACGGGCCAGCAGCAGUGGGCGUUUGUGCCAGCGCAGACGGUGGGCAUGAGCGGGCACCCGCUCCCGGCGGCCGUCCUCCAGGGUCUGGUGCCCAUCGCCGCCAUGCGGCCGCACUCCUGCGAGCCCUCCACCGCCCCCUCGUCGGUCAUGGGGAGCCCGCAGCACACCGUGGAUCCCAAGCUCCAGCCGGGCGGCGCCAGGGAGGCCGUGGGCGAGGGCGCCCUCGCGGGGGUCCAGCUCCCGCUGGCAGGGGCAGCGCUGGCCGGCACCGAGCAGGCGGACGUGGCCGGAGCCUCGCAGGCGGCCGUCGGCCAGGAAGGGGACGACAGCUGCGCCGACCUUGAUCUGUCGCAGAUGACUUUGACCCCGGGCUCGUCCUCGUCACCCUCCACCAGCGACACAUCCCCUACACCAGCCUCUAAGCAGACCCCACCCUGCCAGUCUCCGCCGCCCCAGACUGGGGAGCUCCCUGCGGAGCCGUCACCUUUUGAAGCCGCAGCCUGCCCUGCUCAGAGCACAGGAGAGGAAUUGGGUGCCUGUGCCAGCAGUCCCUGCCCAACAGAAAGUGAAACACAAUCUCCAGUGGACCAGUCCAACACAACAACAUCAGAGUCCUAAAGAGAGACAAGCUAAUGAAGUUUCCCCACCAUCUCUACCAUGCUGCCAGAACAUAGCUGGGGACAUUUAGACUGGUUGUGGAGAAUUUUCUUCUUUUUUUCUAGUUGCCAAAAACGUCUCAAAUAUUAUGAAAUAAUAUUUGAUACCACCAAAGUCAUAUUAUAUGCCAUGAAGGAUCUCCAUUCAAAUUGUGGAUUGCAGGAAUAUGUUCAAAACAGAAAAGAACAUGAAGAAACUGCGGUGAUGAAAUUCUUGCAUAGGAAAAAUAUUUUUGAAAAUAUCUGCAAUAAGGCACACUGUGUUUAAAGCUUGUUGCAACAUCAGUUCCCAGACUGUAUAGAUAAGUACUUGCAGUCCUACUUAAAGGACUUAAAAGCCCUUCAUGACUUUGACAUUGUCGUGUCACAUACGGCAACACAGGGCAGCCCUGCUUGAGCAAUCAGAGCUGUUGCGCUUUUCAAGCAAUGGCCACGACCGACCGCCCCCAUCUCUGCUUCAACCCUGACCUGGCGUGGACUCUGCUCUCUACACUUGUUCCCAUGCUGAGGGCAUCUACACACAAACUGCAGGCCUGGGCCCAUUGUGAAAUGGUGAAGUCUUGGAUUUUUCUCUCUUUUUUUCUUUUUUGUUUUAAGAAUUGUUUCACAGUUGUCACGCUUUUUUGGGGGGUUGUUUGUGACCAUGAAGAGCUGUGGAGAGAGAGAGGACUCGUCACUCCAAAAGGGAACUAUGGAAUGCCAUUCAAGCAUGGAUUCCUCAAACAAAAAAAAAAGGAAAGACAGAUGUUUAUUCUCGAUAGCUUUUAUACAGUGAGAAAAAAAAAUAAAAAAGCUUCUUUGUUCUCUUUCUUUCUUUUUCUACCUUGUAAGUCACUCAAGCAUUUGUUCUUUGGUCAACCCAUGUGUUUUAGUGUGAUUAAAAAAAACUCUAUUCUGUUGCCAAAAUAUCAUUUUGUAAAUACAGUCGGGAAACACUCAUGGACCUUGGUGGUUUGACACUAGCCUCAGUGCCAGCUACUGUGGUUCCUAAGCAGCGCUGCUUCUGACGGGGAGUCUUGCUGGAGGCUUGGCAGUUAUUCCACACUGUUCCACUGAGGCUGUCACCCCCCUGUGUCCUGUGUGAAUAAGUAAGAUUGGCACCUAAAGGUCUUACUGCAGCUGAUUUUGUCAGUCCAUUGGAUGGGUGUUGAGUGCAAGUGGUUCGGUGUGUGCUAAAAGACUAGCACUGCUCAAGUGCGUAAUCUGUUGAUGGGUCAGCGUUGUUUGGUUCAGUUGAAGUUUCAGUUGACGUGUGUUGGGAAAUAGUGAUACAAGAGUAGACAUGUUUUCAUCCCAGUCUUUCCCUCCUAAAAGAAAUGUCGAAGAGACUUUGCAAUCAGUUAUACCCAUGACCCGUUCCAUGUGCUGUUGUGUGUCGACACUGGCGUCUCUGUUCUCAAUGCGACUUGGAGGCCCUUUUGGAAGCAGAAAAUACAGCUUUAGAGCUCUGCCUGAUUUCAUUGUCCUUCUGUUUUUUUAAAAUACAGUUCAUUUUGCCUUAUGACUUUGUAUGCAGAAUCAGUCAUGCUCACCCUCUAAAGUCAAUGUUUCAGUCAUUCAUUAUAGUCACAUUCUCUCAUUGUGACUAGAGUUUUGGCCAUGCCGACCUGACCUGUUAGAUGUUGUCCAGAUAAAUCUGUGUAAUCCUCAGCAGACCCAUGUAGUGGUCAGCCAUUCACAUGUCAUGUAUUGAUUAAUUUACUGUAAUAUCAUGGGGGAUUUAAUAUUGCAAUAUAGUUCGCAAAUUUAACACAACUUGUAGUUUGUUUUGAACAAGAAAAGAAGAUUAUAUUUAUGACUACAAUGUUUGUUUUGCUUUCCAAUUCAACAUCUUGCCAUGUAAUGCUGUCAAAAAAAUAAAAUGCCAUACAAUU